AUGAAUUAUAGACUGAAACGCGGACGUGCUUUGCUACAGAACGGUUGCUGGAUGAUGAUACCAUUUUCGAUUGGAAUGCCGACGGCAACGGUCAACUCUUUCCACGCAACAUCAGCCUUAUUCUACUCCUUUAUUCCAUCACCGACAACAAAAAGGAAGGAUUUCCGGCAGCGCAUAACGCUUUUCUCUUUCACUGGUGACGGUGAACGUGGAGCUCUCGAUAUCACUAGACGAGAAGGGUUGUUUGGCGGUGCCAUUCUUUUGAUUCCAAAAACGGCCUUCGCUGACGAAAGACCGACAUCCGUUUCUGAAGAUUUCGGUUUACUUCGCUCGACAUCAGAACUUAAGGAUUGCCAAAACGGUGCCUUGGUUUCCGAACAAGCUAUUCCAGGCGCCUACGAACAAAUAUGUAUGGGUUUGUCGGAAAGAACGGUCCCAAUUAAAAUGAGUGGAAACCGCACAGCAAUGCUGCGGCUUGAGCAAGAUAGAUCGGGUGCUGGCUCCACUGGCAUGGCUGUUUGGAAUUCCAGCUUAUUGCUGACGCGACUCUUGGAAACUCUCGAGGCACUUCAACCAGGUUGGAUAAAAAACGGAAAUGUUCUCGAACUGGGUUGUGGUGUCGGCCUCGUCAGUCUUACAGCUGCAAUUCUUGGCGCUGCCAGUGUUGUAGCUACAGACGGUAAUCCCAAGGUCGUCGAGCUUGCUUCCCGUAAUAUUCAGGCGAACGGCUAUGCCGACUGCGUGAAAGCCCAGACGCUUUCGUGGGGACUGUUGGACGCGAUGGACAACGCGGAUCAAGCGGACUGGCUUGUGGGAUCCGAUCUCACUUAUAAUGCCGCCAAUUGGAGAGUGUUGGCGGAAAGCAUGGCAACCAUUGUGAAACAAGAAGGGUACAUAUUAUACGUGAGUUUGGGACACGCUGCAUUUGACGUCAACGCGGAAACGCAAGGCUUCUUGUCGGUGGCCAAAGAGAUGGGACUUGUUGAGGUCGUGCACACGGAUGCCAAUUGGCCAUUUCCUAAUAUCAAAACCUCCUUAACGGAGGUGCUUCUACGAGAAUGUGUCCAACCUAUGGAGCAUUCGAUUGUGAGCCUGGCGAAUGGUGGGCGGGUGAUGCUGCUUCAACGGAAAUCUACGCAAAAAUGGACCAAAUCGCGUUGA